GGGCUAGGCAAAUGUACCCGGCAUUUGUACGCUGCUGACAUAAGCGUUUGACGGUUAAUCGAAUCUCAAAAAGUGUAACAAACCUUUCGAAAGAGAUAUUCGCGUGUCGAAUAAUAAAGUAUAUAACAAUAUCAAAAUGGUUCUAAACGUACCGAUAAUGAAAUUUUACAACGGUAACGAAGUGCCGGCUUUCGGUUUGGGUACAUGGAAGUCCAAACCCGGAGAAGUUACUCAGGCUGUUAAGGAUGCUAUCGAUAUUGGAUAUCGUCACAUUGAUUGUGCUCAUGUCUACGGCAAUGAGAAAGAAGUGGGUGCUGCAUUUAAAGAAAAACUUGCCCAAGGCGUAGUGAAGAGGCAGGACCUUUUCGUUACGAGCAAAUUAUGGAACACUUUUCAUAGACCGGACUUGGUUGAACCGGCCAUCAAGAAAACUUUAUCGGAUUUAGGUCUCGAGUACCUGGAUCUCUAUUUAAUUCAUUGGCCAAUGGCGUACAAAGAAGGAGACGAUUUGUUUCCAAAAAAUCCUGACGAUACACCUGCCUUAAGCGACGUGGAUUACGUAGACACGUGGAAAGCGAUGGAAGCUUUAGUAACAAAGGGUCUUACCAAGAACAUCGGUGUUAGCAAUUUCAAUUCCGAACAAAUCGAGAGGUUACUCAAGAACUGUACCGUCAAACCGGUUACCAACCAAAUCGAGUGUCAUCCGUAUUUAACUCAAAGGAAGCUCUCAGAAUUUUGCAAAGAAAGGGGUAUACUCAUUACCGCGUACAGUCCGCUUGGAUCUCCUGACAGACCAUGGGCCAAACCAGACGAUCCGAAACUAUUGGAAGAUAAAAAAUUGGGUGAACUUGCCAAAAAAUACAAUAAAACGCCUGCACAGGUUCUUAUUAGAUAUCAGCUGGAUCGUGGACACAUAGUAAUACCAAAGUCGGUUACAAAAUCAAGAAUCGCUCAGAACAGCGAAGUUUUUGACUUCAAACUUAGUUCGGAAGAUAUUGCAUAUAUCGAUACCUUCGAUUGCAAUGGCAGAAUCUGUCCAAUGACUGGAACCGAGAAAAGCUCUUACUAUCCAUUCCACAUUCCGUUUUAAGCAAUCGAAGUAAUUUAAGAAACGUCAUGUACAAACUGAUAUGAUUUCAUCGUUUACAUGGUUUUUUGCACAUUUUAUACUGCAUUCUGUAUAAAAUAAACUGCACAAUAAAAACUGCGUAUACUUCA